GUCUUCCUGUUGAAAAUUUCAUACAGUACAUGCUGAGGAGGACAGAACUACCACAGGAUUAAAGCGUAAUGGCACACAUAUCUUUACCUGCUUCAAAACCAGUAGGGGCUCUUCUGUUUUGGGUCUGUCUUUGUCUAAUGGUCUCGACUCUGCAGACCCUGGUACCAAACGAACAGAGACAAACUGUGAGACAGACUGCAUCAACCAUGCCAACAGAAGUACAAACCACCACAUACACCAGAGCAGAACCUGGCUAUGGAGAUGGAGGAACAUUUGGCUGUGCUAACAUGAGCACCUGUGACCCAUACUGUACAAUUUGUGUGAGCAAUUCCUUGAGAACCCAAGAAUGCUAUGAAGUGCUGGUGGUUUGGUGUCAAUAUCAUUUUGAUUUUGCUAUGAUGUCUAUGAACAGUACCGACUGGUGUUCCCUGGAAAAAAUAAAAAGUGCAUACAACAAUUUCACUGUGUGUACGGAGUCUGUUGCUGACUGUCUGCUGAUUCCCUGGCCGAAUCAGUUUGUUGAACACAUAUUUGUGAAUAUCCACACCACCUAUUUUCAAGAAUGCCCCUCAGAGGCACUGAAGGACCCCCCUCCCAGCAUUAUCUUGGCCCUUGUCAUGACCCCCAUAUGCCUAAUCCCUGUUAUGGUGGUGCUAGUUGUUCUCAAGACUAAAAAUGGAGACAGGAGGUCCUAGAGAAAAUUCCAGGUGCAAGAAGAUUUUGUAUGCAUCCUUCUGCUCUGUCUCUUCUUCAUUUGGGAUCGUAUCCCACUCUGGGAUAAUGUCCUGGCCCAACCACUCCCCAGUGAAUGGUCUCCAGGUUCAACUAAACCAGGAUGGAGAUUAAUUUGUUCUAGGUGUGACCUCUGACUGGAAAAUGUUACUGUACUUCAGUGGAAUAAUUGUUGGUUGUAUGUAUUUAUCAUUAACCUGCAGCAAAUGUACAGUACAGAUA